UUGGGAGAAAGAGAGAUAAGGAGGAGAGAAAAGGCUCGUUUUAAGUUUUUCGUUUUAUAGUUUUAAGAACUUUUAACAAAAAUUCAAAAUCUCAAAAAAUUAAAUACAAAAACAGUCCUCUUCGCGCGCAGUUGUUAAGCCUCACUGGAGCCAGCCAUGGUGGCUCAGGUAGUAGAGACCACCGCCGCUGCCGCCGACGAUGGCGGAGGAAUUGGAGGAAUUAGAGGUUCUCCAAUCGCCGUUGAUGAAUCUCAGGAGGAGCAGUUAGAGAAAACGAAGACGUUGAUUUGCGCUCUCAAUUUCCUCUCACGCAAUCUCCCGAUACCUCCUGACGUCUUCGAUGCCGUCUCUUCAAUUUACCACGGCGGCGCUGAUGAUAUAGAUGUCGGUGACGAUGAUGCCUCCGCCGCUGCUGACGUGGACAGCCGCGACAGUGUGUCUAUGCGAAGUGGUUCAGGUAUGGGAAGUUACGGAGACCUGAUGGCAGAUUUUGAGGAUUCGUUGUUGAGGCAACGGUCAAGUUGUACAUCAGGUUCUGGUUUGACAAAGUUAAAGGAAGAUCGUUUUCAAAGCCAUAUCCAGCAUCGCCUAACUGAACUUGAAGACUUGCCAACCAGCAGAGGCGAGGACUUGCAAUCGAAGUGCUUGCUGGAGCUUUAUAAACUAAAGUUAGCAGAUUUACAAUGCAAAGUUCGAUCUGAGCUGAGUUCUGAAUACUGGCUUCGCCUGCAUUGCGCUAAUCCUGACAAGCAAUUGUUUGACUGGGGGAUGACGCGAUUGCGACGCCCUUUAUAUGGUAUAGGAGAUGCCUUUGCUGUCGAAUCUGAUGAUCCUUUGAGGAAGAAGCGUGAUGCGCAGAGGUUGUCAAGAUUAGAAGAAGAGGAAAGAAACCGUGUGGAAACUACGAAAAGAAAGUUCUUUGCGGAUGUACUCAAUGCAGCACGUGAACUCCAAUUACAAGUACAGGCUGUUCAGAAACGGCGGAAACAAAGGAAUGAUGGUGUUCAGGCUUGGCAUGGAAGGCAAAGGCAACGGGCUACUCGUGCUGAGAAAUUGAGGUUACAAGCUCUGAAAGCUGAUGAUCAAGAAGCUUACAUGAAGAUGGUGGAGGAAAGCAAGAAUGAAAGACUAACAAUGCUUCUAGGGAAAACAAAUGAGCUCCUUGGUCGUCUGGGAGCUGCUGUUCAACGGCAAAAAGAUGCUGAUCAUGAUGGUAUUGAACCUAUGGAAGGCUCAGAUGCUGAAAUGGCCCCUUCUAAGACUGGAACUCCUGGGCAGUCGUUUCCUGAGGAAGAAGAGGAUGUUCUUGAUGAUGAGCCCACGCGUAAUGUAAAGACUAGUGACUUACUUGAAGGUCAGAGAAAGUACAAUUCAGCUGUACAUUCAAUCCAGGAGAAGGUUACGGAGCAACCAGCUAUGCUUCAGGGUGGAGAAUUAAGACCAUACCAGCUGGAGGGGCUCCAGUGGAUGUUGUCUUUGUUUAAUAACAAUUUAAAUGGAAUUUUAGCGGAUGAAAUGGGACUCGGCAAAACGAUCCAGACAAUUUCUUUAAUUGCUUAUCUUAUUGAAAACAAGGGUGUAACUGGUCCCUACUUGAUUGUGGCUCCAAAAGCUGUACUACCUAAUUGGAGUACUGAAUUCUCUACAUGGGCUCCCAGGAAGGGCACCGAUUGAAAAAUCACGAAUCUGCUCUUGCACGGACUCUCGUGUCAGGCUAUCGGAUUCGUCGGAGACUUCUGUUGACUGGUACCCCGAUCCAAAACAGCUUACAGGAGUUGUGGUCUCUUCUCAAUUUUCUUCUUCCGAACAUCUUUAAUUCAGUGGAGAAUUUCGAGGAGUGGUUUAAUGCCCCCUUUGCUGAUAAGUGCGACGUCUCUCUAACUGAUGAAGAGGAGUUAUUGGUUAUUCGCCGGUUGCACCAUGUAAUAAGGCCGUUUAUAUUGAGGAGGAAGAAAGAUGAAGUGGAGAAAUUUCUUCCUGGGAAAACACAAGUUGUUCUUAAAUGUGAUAUGUCUGCAUGGCAGAAAGUAUACUACCAGCAGGUCACGGAUGUCGGGAGGGUUGGAUUGGAUUCUGGAACUGGGAAGUCUAAGAGCCUACAGAAUCUCACCAUGCAGCUAAGGAAAUGUUGUAAUCACCCAUAUCUAUUUGUGGGUGAUACUUCUUCGUAUUAUCGUAAGGAGGAGAUAGUCAGAGCAUCUGGAAAAUUUGAGCUUCUUGAUCGUUUACUACCCAAACUCCGCAGAGCAGGGCACAGGGUACUCCUCUUCUCACAAAUGACCCGCCUCAUGGACAUUCUUGAGGUCUAUCUGCAGCUUCAUGACUUUAAGUAUCUGAGACUUGAUGGCUCAACCAAAACAGAGGAAAGAGGGACUUUGCUAAAGCAAUUUAAUGCUCCUGACUCUCCUUACUUUAUGUUUCUUUUGAGUACUCGUGCCGGAGGACUCGGUCUGAAUUUGCAAACAGCAGAUACUGUGAUAAUUUUUGACAGUGACUGGAACCCUCAAAUGGACCAGCAAGCAGAAGAUAGGGCACAUCGGAUUGGGCAAAAGAAAGAAGUUAGGGUUUUUGUGUUAAUCAGUGUAGGAUCAAUUGAAGAGGUCAUAUUGGAACGUGCAAAACAGAAGAUGGGCAUUGAUGCUAAGGUCAUCCAGGCUGGAUUGUUCAAUACAACAUCUACAGCUCAAGAGAGGAGGGAGAUGCUAGAAGAGAUCAUGCGUAAAGGUACAAGCACCCUUGGAACAGAUGUGCCAAGCGAAAGAGAGAUUAAUCGUCUUGCAGCCCGCUCUGAUGAGGAGUUUUGGCUGUUUGAGAAAAUGGAUGAGGAGAGAAGGCAAAAAGAACGUUACAGAUCUCGUCUCAUGGAAGAUCACGAGGUGCCGGAUUGGGCGUAUGCUACACCUGAGGCUAAGGAAAGGGGAAAAGGGUUUCUAUAUGAAAGUGCUAAUCUUACUGGAAAGCGGCGUAGAAAAGAAGUGGUUUAUGCCGAUACUUUAAGUGACUUACAGUGGAUGAAAGCUGUGGAGAAUGGAUAUGAUUUCUUUAAGCAGUCAGGUAAAGGUAGGAACAGGGACCAUCACUCAGUCUCAAAUGGUGAAUUGCCGAGUGACAAUGCUGAAGUGGAGAAGAAAGAACAGGACUUGAAGACUGAAACUGCGUCUGUGGGCGAGGCAACAAGUGAAGAUACCUUUGGAAUAACUCCUAUAAGGUUCAAAUCCGAGAGUGCUAGUUCCAUGAGAAACGAUUAUCACGACUUGACUGGUGGCAGUUUGGACGGAUUAUCGUGGAAGGCACACAAGAGGAAGAGAUCAAGCUUAGUAUCUUGAGAUUGCCCCUUUAAAAAUUAGGAAUUAUUUUCGCCAGUGAAGCCAUUGGGGGACGUAGGGGACACUCUGAAAGACAAUAGAAUUGGCUACAGGCAUUUCAGAGCUAACUAUGGGUUAAGUUGUCCGGUGUCUUACAUGUAAAUUAGCAGCUCAUAGUUCUUAGCUUAUUAUUUACUAUUAGUUGAUUGUACAGUAGUGAGAAAAUUGGAGACAUCAACUGGUGUGCCAUUAUCUUUUUUGCCACAAUUCCCAAUUAUUCUUGUUUGGAGUUACUACUGGAUCAAGUUUCAGCGACUUGGCAACGAUGUACAGUAUAUUUUCAAGUUGAUGUUACGAUCUAGUUUACAUUUUUGAA